AUGUAUCAGAGUCUCACGGAGACGCUAUCGAGAGGACUCAAUCGGAAUGUUCCCAAAUCGCUAGCGGAAACUACUGUCCGUCUUUAUAAACAGAGUGGACUGGAACUGCGUUUCUUGGAGUCCACCAAAGCACUAGGAUUUCUGGAUGAAUUGGCGAAGAAGGUGUACAGAUUUAUCUUGGACAAUUUGAGGGCUUUGGAUGGAGAAGUGAAGACAAAGCCGGUGAAGAGUGAGGAUCAAAGACAAACAAAGAAGCCGAAAGUGCAGAAACUCAAAUUAGACUUUGAUGACUUGGAAGAAGACGUGGGUCCAGCCUUGCUGGCCAAGGAGAGUGGGCCCAAGAAGGUGCAAUUUAAGAAGUUGAAGAAGGAUAUGGCACAGAAAUUAAAGGAGGAGAAGAAUGAGGAGAUUGUGAAAAUGAAGAGUGAAGGUGAGCCCACUAGAAGUGAAGAGAGCCAGUCGAAGACGGGUAUGGAAAAUGCUGGCCUUUCGCUUUCGGAGCUUGCAGAUGCCGAAAGAAAGCGUGAGGAGGCGCAAGCGCUUGUGGAAGAAGCAGACCAGCUACUAGAGCCUCUUGAAGAUCCCCUCAGUAUAGAGAACGACAGAGAGUGGUAUGCUGAUGAAAGUAUAGCUCAUCAGGCGCAUGUGGAAGAUUAUGAAAAUCUAGAAAGCAUUUCAAGACCUCGAAGUAGGCCGCAGAGGCGAAUGUGUGUUCAAAGAAGCGGCGGUGGCUUCGACACUGCCACAGGAGAGUAUAUUGACUACGACCACAACUCGUCAGAGGCGCUGCUUUUACGAAUCCCCAUCACAACGCACUUUCUUAUUCCUCCCUUCUUAGAUGGCUCAGAAGGUGAUUUACGACCCCAUUUUGGGAGUGCUCACACUUCAAGAAACACAGGGCCUAGUGUUAGUGCAAUAAAGGAUCCAGAAUCCGAACUCGCUGAAACCGCCAAAAACGGCAGCAAUAUCGUGAAGGAUAGAAGGGCCAAAAAAGAGCGUGCGCAACAGGCGAAGGAGAGAGCUAUAGGAGAUGGUGGGAUUUCUUCUGUAGUUCAAGAGAAGACUGAAGUCAGCAAGAAGCAGACGGUCAAGGAAAACGAGGAAAAAGUACCGUUUGAAACGAUCCAAGAACAACGAAGGAGCUUACCUGCGUACCAAGUCCGUGAUAAGCUCAUGCGAGUCAUUGCAGAGAAUCAGGUCGUGGUCGUGAUCGGUGAAACAGGUUCGGGUAAAACCACACAGCUAACACAAUUUCUUUGUGAGGAGGGUUUUGCAAAAAACAAAGAAAAGCAUGGAAGCAGGCUUCUAGUGGGGUGCACGCAGCCUAGGCGUGUGGCUGCCAUGUCUGUUGCAAAGAGAGUUUCAGAAGAGAUGGGAUGUAAACUCGGAGAGGAAGUCGGGUACUCCAUCAGAUUUGAGGACAGAACUCAUCCUCGAAAGACUCUCAUCAAGUACCUAACAGAAGGAAUUUUACUCCGAGAGAUGCUAGCAGAUCCUCAUCUCGAGCAGUACUCAUGUAUCAUCAUGGAUGAAGCACAUGAGAGAACAUUGAACACUGACAUCUUGCUAGGGCUUUUCAAGAAGCUCCUUCAAAAGCGAAGAGACUUAAGACUCAUUGUCACUAGUGCUACCAUGAACGCUGAAAGGUUUUCUCGUUUUUUUGGUGAAGCACCGCAAUUCACCAUUCCCGGCAGAACGUUUCCCGUGGAGACGUUCUACUCCAAGUCUCCUUGUCCAGAUUAUGUUGACACUGCGGUCAAGCAGGUAAUGACAAUACAUUUAGCAAACCAGGGGCGUCAAGGUGACAUUUUGGUCUUUAUGACUGGUCAAGAGGAUAUCGAGACUACUUGUGAGAUGAUACAGGAGAAGUUGGACAUGCUAGAGAACCCACCACCGCUUGAUGUGUAUCCGAUAUACUCCACAUUGCCCGCAGAUAUACAAAAGAAGAUCUUCAACAAGCUGAGUGCUGAGCGAAGAAAAGUAGUGGUCGCUACAAACAUCGCAGAAACGUCCUUGACUGUUGACGGUAUCAAGUUUGUCGUUGAUUGUGGCCUUGUCAAGCUCAAAUUAUUCAAUCCUAAGCUCGGUAUGGAUAUCUUACAAGUCGUUCCGAUUGCCAUGGCCAAUGCCCAACAAAGGAGUGGUCGUGCUGGUAGAACUGGGCCAGGUAUUGCCUACAGACUCUACACUGAUAGAGCAGCAGACCCGUCACAAAUGCACGUACAGCCGAUUCCGGAAAUACAAAGAACGAACCUCAGUUCCGUGAUGUUGAUGCUCAAGUCACUUCAUGUCAAAGACAUUCUUCAGUUCCCCUUCUUGGACCCUCCUCCUCAAGAUCUCUUGAGCUGCUCGCUUUAUGAUCUCUGGGCCAUUGGUGCGCUUGACAACACCGGUGCAUUGACAGCUCUAGGUGAGCAACUAAACGUAUUUCCCAUGGAACCUACACUCGCAAAACUCAUAUUGCUUUCUACAAAAGAAGAAUUUCACUGCUCUCGUGAGGUCAUCAUAAUUGUUUCGAUGCUCUCUGUCCCGAAUGUAUUUUAUAGACCCAAGGAAAGAGCUGAUGAAGCAGAUGCAGCAAGAGACAAGUUUUUGAUCGCCGACCUGGACCACUUGACGUUGUUGAAUGUCUUUGAGCAGUGGGAGCUGCGUGCGAAGCAACAUAAAGGCACGUUGAGCUCAUGGUGUGCUCGUAAUUUCCUUCAUUAUCGAUCUUUGAUUCGAGCAAAGGAUAUCUACAACCAAAUUAUGCUUAUCAUGAACAAGCGGAAGUACCCGGUGCUCAAAUCCAAGUCGGACAGCGAUAUAAGGAAGUGUUUGUGUGCUGCUUACUACCAGCAGCUGGCCAAGCUAGUGAAGAUGGGAGGAGGUAGAGGUCAAGUUGAAUACGCCAAUCUUCGUCAAGCGUAUAUGUCUAUGUACAUCCACCCGACGUCAGCUUUAGCAGGAGGCGGCGAUCUAAGUCCUCCAUAUGUGAUAUACGACGAGUUGGUGCUCACGAGUAAAGAGUACAUGCAAUGUGUUACAGCAGUUGAGCCGGAGUGGUUGCUCAAGUAUGGGCAUGUUUUCUACGGGGUGAAUUCGAGUGUCAGACAACAGAUAGAAACAUCUCUUGGAUUCACCAUUGUGAGCAAGUAUGACUGGGAGAAACGCAUUGAAGAGGAUAGGCAACGCAUGAGGGCCCGAGUUGUGACCAAGAGUGUUGAGAAGCCUACCACGCUCAACCGUGUCCGUAGAGGAUUCUAG